AAAAUAAUAUAUAAUUAGCAACCAUUAAUUUUUUACUGAAAUAUUUAUAAAAUUAAAUGCAUUAUUAAUAGUUUUGUGGUGUGUUUAAAAACAAAAUAUAAUUACAGGCAAUUAUAACAAAAUCUUUAAUGAAAUGGCAUCAUAAAAAUGUGUGACCGGUAUGGCAUCUCCAUUUAGUUUAUUUUUUUCUAAAGACGAAGUAUACAUUAUGGCGAAAAAUAAUCACGAAACCACUGUAAAUAAAAUAGUAAUCAACAAUCCAAAAUUUUUACUGAAAUGUUAUAAAAUUAUACCUUAACUACAUCAUUAACUAAGUGCUUAUGAGUGUGGUGUAUUUAAAAACAAAAUUAAAUUUAAUUCAAUUAAAAUCAGUGAAAAAGGAUACAUUACGUGAUAUGCCAACGUAUUGGUUUUUAACAUGCUCUUUUCCAACGUUUAAAUAACAAAAACUAAAUAAUUGAUAUGCAAUAUGUCUGCUUUGUUAAACUUAAAAACUUAUUUGACAACACAAACGACAAGGAAUAUCGUUGAUACAAAAAAAUUUUCUGAUUUCAGAAUCCGGCAUAACUAUCAAAUGCCGUUUAAUAAAAGACACACUUUAAAUGUCCACCGUUUUCAUAAUUGGUUCGAUGUAAAAUCAUUAAAUAAGUGCUUUUUUAUUCUCUUAGUUAUGUUUUCGGUGUCUACGUUUCUUUGGUCCGAAGUACGUGCUUCAUUACCUAUAGGUUUACCACCCGUAAUACGUUUGGGAGCAAUUUUUACUGAAGACCAAAGGGCAAGUAAAAUAGAAUCCGCAUUUAAAUAUGCCAUAUAUCGUAUUAAUAAGGAUAAAACAAUGUUGCCUGAUACUCAAAUUAUUUAUGACAUCGAAUAUAUACCACGCGAGGAUACUUUUCGUUCCACCAAAAAGGUAUGCCGCCAAUUGGAGUCAGGUGUACAGGCCAUAUUCGGACCAACAGAUCCCAUACUAGCUACACAUAUUCAGUCCAUUUGUGAAAGCUUCGACAUACCACAUAUAGAAACACGAAUUGAUUUAGAAACAAACGUUAAGGAAUUUUCAAUUAAUAUGUAUCCUUCUCAGCAAUCGUUGAAUUUAGCAUACCGUGAUCUAAUGUUUUACUUAAAUUGGACUAAGGUAGCAAUUGUAUACGAAGAGGACUACGGCUUAUUUAAACAACAGGAUCUAAUGCAUACAAGAGCAGAAAUACCAACGGAAAUGUAUAUACGUCAAGUCACACCUGAUUCAUAUAGACAAGUUUUACGAGCGAUAAGACAGAAAGAAAUAUACAAAAUUAUAGUAGAUACAAAUCCGGAAAACAUUAAAUUAUUUUUUCGUGCAAUUUUGCAACUUCAAAUGAAUGAUUAUCGGUAUCAUUAUAUGUUUACAACAUUUGAUCUGGAAACGUUUGAUCUGGAAGAUUUUAAAUACAAUGGUGUUAAUAUCACUGCAUUUCGAUUGGUUGAUGUGGAAAGCAAACGGUAUAAUGAAAUAAUUGAACAAAUGAAAAAGUUUCCUCAUAGUGGUUUAAAUAUGGUUGAAGGACGUCCUUACAUAGAGACCCAACCAGCGUUAAUGUUCGACUCUGUUUAUGCGUUUGCUACCGGUCUAAUGGCAUUAAAUGGUGUACAUGCCUUACAAUUAAGAAAUUUGUCGUGUGCUCUUGAGGAACCUUGGAACGAUGGCCUUUCUUUAUAUAAUUACAUCAACACUGCUAGUAUAAAAGGUCUGACUGGAAACAUAGACCUAACAGAAGGAAGGCGCAAUAAAUUUAAAGUUGAUUUAUUAAAACUAAAACAAGAACGUAUAAUGAAAGUUGGUUUUUGGACCCCGGAUGAAGGAAUUAAUAUAACGGAUCCCACGGCAUUUUAUGAUACAAAUACUGCAAAUAUUACACUUUUAGUAAUGACAAGAGAGGAAAGGCCCUAUGUUAUGGUAAAAGAAGAUGCAAAUUUAACGGGCAAUUCCCGUUUUGAAGGUUUUUGCAUUGACCUGUUAAAGGCGAUAGCAGCUCAAGUUGGAUUUCACUAUAAAAUCGAAAUGGUACCCGAUAAUAUGUAUGGUGUUUAUAAUCCAGAAACACAGACAUGGAAUGGCAUUGUUCGUGAAUUAAUGGAGAGAAAUAUAAGAAACCAGCAGCUAACUUUCCCGUCUCCCGGAAGAAUUCAAUUUGUGUAUCUUUUAUUCCUUAUAGUUUAAUUUUAUGCAG